AUGGCGGACGGUGCUGGGCUGACGUGCCUGCGUGAAGUCCCCCAGACUGGUAACGGCGAAGCCAUCCUGGUCGACCCGGGGGCCUUCCCUGCAGAGGGUUCCCUGGAGCUGCUCCGAGGGGGCUCAGCGUAUUACGAUAACGUCCGUCCCUUGGCCUACCCGGACUCGGAUGCGGUGCUCAUCUGCUUUGACAUCAGCCGCCCAGAGACCCUGGACAGUGUGCUCAAGAAGUGGCAAGGGGAAACUCAGGAGUUCUGCCCCAACGCGAAGAUUGUGCUGGUCGGCUGCAAGCUGGACAUGCGGACAGACUUGAACACGCUCCGGGAGCUCUCCAAGCAGCGCCUCAUCCCUGUGACGCACGAGCAGGGCAGUGCGCUGGCACGGCAGAUUGGGGCAGUGGCCUAUGCAGAGUGCUCCUCCAAGGUCUCGGAGAACAGCGUACGGGAUGUGUUUCACGUGACCACGCUUGCCUCGGUCAACAGGGUGCACAAGAACUUGAAGCGCAGCAACUCCAAACGGGGACUGAAGCGGGCAUCACAGAUGCCUGGCAGGACGGACUUACUGAAUGACACAGAGAUCAGGAAAGACCGAGCCAAGAGCUGCUCCAUCAUGUGA